CCAUGGGUGUGAUAUGUGUAUAGUAUACCCAAGAAAAUAAAAGAAAAGAAAGGCAUCACUGCUCAGCCAAGCAACACAAUCACUUGGAGAUUUACGACACACACACACACCGCCGAUGACUCAAACCGGCCCCCGGAGACUCCGCAACUCCGCCCUAGACGACGACUCUCAACCUCAACCCCAACCCCAACCGUCUUCUUCAACAACAGGUAUGCGACUCAUCGUCCCUCUACAAGGCAUCGUUCAAGGCAGAGGCGGCUUAAUUCUCGGCUCCGUCAUCCCCUGCGCCAUGUUCUACUUCCUCCAAUUCUACCUCAAACGACGCCGUUCGCCACCGGCCUCGAACCCUCCGUCACCGGGUAAUCUGACGGACCUUUCUAGGUCUGCUUCCAGGUCUAAUUUGUUGCUGCCACGUGGCCGCCCACACGUGUCGUCUAGGGUUUCUUCUAUUGCCAAAGCCAAUGAUUCGCCUUAUUACAUUGGAUUGGAUAAAGCUACUUCGGAUCCGUACGAUAGGCUUUGUAAUCCUGGUGGUGUUGUUCAGCUCGGAUUGGCCGAGAAUCGGUUGACACUGGAUUUGAUUGAGAAUUGGAUUACUAACAAUUUGAAUGAGUCUAUACUUGGUGGUGGUUUGAGUGUUAGUGGCAUUGUUACCUACCAGCCACAUGAUGGAAUGCCAGAGUUAAAACUGGCUAUGGCUGGUUUGAUGUCACAAGUAGUGGGAAAAACUGUAACAUUUAACCCCUCUCAAAUAGUGUUAACAUCUGGUGCAACUCCCGCUAUCGAGAUUCUUUGUUUUGCUUUGGCAGACCAAGGAAACACAUUUCUUAUACCUGCUCCAUACUACCCUGGGUUUGACAGGGAUAUGAAAUGGAGAACUGGAGUCGAGUUAAUACCCGUCCAUUGUCGUAGCUCCGACAAUUUUACUUUAAGCAUUCCUGUUCUCGAACAAGCAUUUAAUCAAGCAAGAAAACGAGGCCAAAAAGUCAAAGGAAUCCUAUUGUCAAACCCUUCUAACCCGGUUGGCAACUUAAUGACCCGCGAAACCCUUUUAAGUCUUCUAGAUUUUGCUAGAGAAAAGAACAUUCACAUCAUAUCUGAUGAAAUAUUUUCCGGUUCAACCUUCGGUGAUGAAGAAUUUGUAAGUAUGGCAGAAAUAAUCGACUCAGAAGAUGCCGAUAAAGAUCGGGUUCAUAUAGUUUAUGGACUAUCGAAAGAUUUAUCUCUUCCAGGUUUUCGGGUCGGGGUUAUAUAUUCGUAUAACGAAAACGUUCUGACCGUUGCUCGAAAAAUGACGAGGUUUUCUUCAGUUUCAGCUCCGACUCAGCGGUUAGUAACUUCUAUGCUUUCCGAUACAACGUUUAUCAAGAGUUAUACUGAAAGAAACCGAGAACGAUUAAGGACUAUGUACGACUUGUUUGUGGACGGUCUUAAAGAACUCGGAAUCGGUUGUACAAAGAGCAGUGGAGGGUUGUACUGUUGGUGCGAUAUGAGUGGACUAAUUCGCCCUUAUAACGAAAAAGGGGAACUUGAUUUGUGGGAUAAACUUUUAAACGUAGGUAAGAUCAAUAUAACCCCCGGUUCGUCUUGUCACUGCAUUGAACCUGGAUGGUUCAGAUGCUGUUUUACUACGUUAGAUGAAAACGAUAUUCCUGUAGUUAUGGAACGUAUCCGUUUAGUUGUUGAAGCUUGUAAAUCCCCUGCUUGAAGUGAUUUAAAGUCCAAGAAAAUGAAAUGAAAAUGAAAAAUGCGUGAAUAUUUUGAUCGGGUCGCCAGAUUGCCUCGUAUUUGAGCAUGAUGUAUCGGGUCAAAGGAAGAACAUAAUGGCAAUUAUAACUGAAAAUGAACCGGACCAGUUCGGGGCUUGACGAUUGCUAGGCAAGGUUAGUUAUUGAAUUGAUUGUUAAGUUUAGUUAUUGUGUGAUGAUAUAUAAUUUAUUCUCAUGUCUAGAAAUCCACCGAUUUAAAUGUAGGGAGUAAAAUAAACGAAUUAUUGUUUCUUUUACAUCUUAGGUUCAAUACUAUAAAUACAAGCCAUUUUUUUUUUUUUGUUACAAGAUUAACAUGUUUCUAUC